AAGCCUGGAGUUACAACCUUCCCCUGCCUGAAUAUGGUGAUCUGUCCCCAUUGUCCAGAUCAAGAUGACUCUUUCGAAGAAGAUACAAUGAAUAUCAAUUCCCCACCCACCCUCAUGAAACUGGCAAGUCAGAGGCUACUGAGGGAGGAGGCUUUGGCCAUUUCUGCUCUCAAGGACCUGCCCAAUAUGCUGUUCCCAGUGAUGUUUGAGGAGGCCUUCAUUGAUGGACAUACAAAGAUCUUGACCACCAUGAUAACUGUGUGGCCCUUCCCAUACCUUUCUGUAGGAAUGAUGAUAAAUAACCUGACCCUAGAUACAUUGAAGGCUGUUCUUGAGGGACUAGAUAUACUGAUUUCAAAACCAGUUCUUUCCAGUAGGUGCAAGCUCAAAGCGAUCAAUUGGAUGGAUACAGCCCAUAGUUUGCAUGGGAUAUGGACUGGAUCCCAUGAAGUUGAAAGAUUACCAGAGUUCAUGGAACAGAAGCAGCCCUACUGUGGGGUGAAAAGAGAAUUGAAGGUGACAACUCGUCUCAAACUCAUGGAGGGCAGCCUUGAUGAAUGUGCCACAUACUUGUUGCAGUGGGCCUACGAGAGAGAAAAUUCUAUUCAUCUAUGCUGUAGAAAACUGAAGAUUCAGGGCUUAACCAACGUCACAGUUACAGAAAUCUUCAAAAUUUUACAUGCAGACUGUAUACAAGAUCUGGAGCUAUGUUGUCUUUGCCUAGAAGAUUUGGAUUUUCUUAAUCCCUACCUGAAACAGAUGAAUAAUCUUCUCACACUCAGUCUGGUUGAAAUCAAAGAUACUGUCAGUAUGGAUUAUGCUAGAAAUCUUGAUGAGGAGAAAGUGAUCACAUUGAUUUCUCAACUUCCAACAUUUCACUAUCUCCAGGAACUCUGUGUAAGUGAUGUCCCUAUUAUUAAAAGCCACCUGAAAGAAUGCCUCAGGUGCCUGAAGAAGCCCUUGAAGAUGCUUUGCAUCACUAACUGUGCCCUCUCACAGUCAGAUUUAGAUUACCUGCCCUAUUGCCUGAAUAUUUUUGAGCUCAAAUGUCUGGACCUUAGUGACACACCUUUAAGUCAUUUACUCCUUGAGCCUCUUGGGUUUCUCCUUGAGAGGGUGAGACAUUCCCUGGAAUGUCUAAAAUUGAAUUCAUGUGAAAUGGGGGAAUCUCAAUUCAAUGCCCUGCUGCCAGCCUUAAGUCAAUGUUUCCAACUCACAGAACUCAAUUUCUAUGAUAAUAAACUCUCUCUGCUUUUCCUGAAAAAAGUUCUAUACCACACAGCUGAGCUUAGCCAGCUAACUCGUGAACUCUACCCAGCCCCUCUGGAGUGCUAUGAUAACAGGGAUGUGAUUCUAUCACACAUAUUAGAAAAUAUUUGUCCUGAGCUCCUGGAUAUACUCAGGGCCAAAAGACAGACAGUGAAUGUCUCCUUUGCUACAACCGAAUGCUCUAACUGUGGCGGGGCCUAUGUUUAUGAUGUGGAGACACAACGUUGCUUUCUUGACCAAACCCCACUGUGGGAUUGAUUUUGGAACAGAGAAAUAGAAGAUUAAUAUUGAGGGUUGAUAAAAUUCUAAGUGAAUGUCCCUUGCUGAAAGGAGCAUGAUAUGUCAAUCACUUAAAUGUGUGAGACACACUGGAAAGACAAGAUCCUUCUCUGAUCUGGAGAAUAAAUGUUGUAUCUGCAAAAAGUGUCAAGCAAUCUAUUCUUCUCUAGGAUUAUUGUAGUUUGAGUGUGUUACAAUAGAGGUACAUUUCCAUGAGGAUAAUGUUUCCCUCUGUUGAUAUAAUAAAUGUGUUCACUUUCU